CACUUUCUAAGGACUUUGUUUACACUACGAUGUUUUUUUCAUAAAAAAACUACCAGAAUGUCUUAAAAUAUGCAACAACAUUGAAUUCCAGUGUUAGAGUCGCUCAUAAAAAAUGUUGCAACAAGUCUUUUAAACAAAUUCCAAAAAAAGACACUUUCCAAUGUAUCCGCAAUGUACACUGCCAGUAUGCAUUCGUCCAAUCUCGAAAAUACACAAUUUUUCCAUGAACUAACUGCAUAUGUGAUGAAUAAUUAAUAUUGAUUCGAAUAUAACACCUGAGCUACGUUUCCAAGAGAGUCACUUGCACCUGGAAGCCAUCAUGGUGAGCCUCAGCCUCCGCGAAUCUCUGCUCAACCCAAGGACUCUUCGGGAACUCCUCUCCAGUCCUCGAACAUUCAAAUUCCCCGACGACGUCCAUCUCAGAGUCGGCGGAGAGAACGCUGCGUACGCGAGUGUGGUGAAAGACCCUUCCGCCAAGACUGGCCUCGCUCUCGGCGGCCCCCUCAGCCACAUCAUUGAGGUUCUGGCUCAGACCAUGAAUUUCUCGUACAGCGUGCUGCAGUCGCCCGACCGCAGCUUCGGGGCCAAGCUCCCCAAUGGGUCGUGGACGGGGCUGAUGGGGCUGGUGGAGAGAGAGGAAGUGGACAUCGGUCUCGGACCUCUCGUGCUAUCCGAGAGCAGAGCAGAAGCCGUUGACUUCGUCGAGAGGGUAACCAACCUGCAGCUGAGGGUAUUGGCCGGGAAGAGAAAUCCGGAACUCAAUCCGUGGGGCUUCUUGCACCCCCUUGGCCCUCUGGUGUGGCUGGGACUGGUGGCGGCGAUGGUGUGCGUGUCGGCGGCGUCCCUGGCGGUGGGCGAACGCAGUCGGAGGUUCAGCCAAAGAUGGUACAAGAGAGCCUUUGAGCUGUUUCAUGCGCAUCUAGGCAUUCUCCUUCGCCAAGACUUACCAAACUGGUUUUCACGUGGACGUGAGAUGAUGGUCGUCGGCAGCUGGAUGCUGGUUGCCAUGGUUGUGACGAUGGGAUAUUCUAGCACUCUGGUGUCCCUUCUGGCUGCCAGAAAUAUCCCUCAACCCAUAAACUCUUUAAGGGAUCUGGUAGAUUCCGACAGUGUAGUUGUAAUGAAACCAAAGACUGCUUUCACGGACUUUUUUGAAAACGCCCCAGGUGGAGUGUACAAGGAAGUAGGAGACCUGCGGCACGUGGGGCGGGUGGAAUACGCCGUCCACCAAGAGCACUCCCGCAUCCUCGACACGUUGGUGCGCGGGGGCAUCCACACGUUCAUUGAGGCGGAUUACAACAGCUUCAAACUCAUGGCUGACGAUUUUAGGAGGAAGGGGCGCUGCGACUUCUACCAGAGCCGCGACACCUUCCUUGCCAGCCCCAUGAGCCUCGUCGUACCCCGCGGCAGCCCCCUCCUCGCAGCCAUAAAUCACAGGAUCCGAGCGCUGCACGCCGCCGGGCUCGUGAAUUACUGGAUGGAGAAGGCCAUCGCCGACAUCAGGUUCUGCCUCAACGCCCCCUCGACGAUCACGGUCAUGGAGCCUCUCUCCCUCCGGGUCUGCUGGGGCAUGUUUACGGUGUGGGCCGGCGGGCUGGUCAUGUCCUUCUGCGUCUUCGUUUUGGAAAUCGCCGGAGCCAAGAUUUCCUCAAGUCGUCACGCCUAGGAGUUAACACACACACACAUAUGUGUGUGUGUGUGUGUGUGUGUACUGUGAAACUUGUUACAUAUGAGAGAUAAUAAAAGAAGAGCUGUAAAUGAAACAGGAUACUGGAGAUCUAAUAACAUCCUUAAUUUCUGUUGUUUUAGGACAAUAUUGUCCAAACAUUUUCGCCUAUUGUACCCUUUAUAACCUUCUUGUACUGUUAGGUACCCUCCUCUCCCGCCACCAUGCC